CCCGACCGCUCUCUCAUGAUAAAAGCUCGUGUGUGUUGUCAAUCCGAGGGUUUACGUGUUCCUUGUUAAAUUCUACUUCAAUCAAUCUACCUUAGUAAUUGUCAACAGAAUGCAUCGAAUUGGUCUGCUGUUUGUAGCCGCAAUAGCGGUUGCUCAAAAUCCUUACGAUUUAGAACCAAGAGCUGUUACACUUUCUGGCAAACAAACAUUAGGACCACUUUAUUCGUCAGCCUUAAAUGGUGGUCAAGGUUUUCGUGAUAACAGUUACGAGGAUAACGCAGUAACACCAACCCCAUCUUCGGCACCACUUUACAGAAAUCCUAAUAAUCAACAACCUUUGUAUCGCAAACCAUCACCAUCGCCACUCGAUGGUUCCCGUGAUUAUCAAUCGAGUGUAAGAGUAGGAGGAGGAGGAGGUGGCCCACCACGUGGACCUCUUCGUGGUGGUGGUCCAAUUGGUCCUAAUGGUCCGAUCAAUGCCGAAGAAAUUGAGGAAGAAAAAGAGGAACCUGAUCGUUUGACGUUACUUCUUCCACAAAGUAAAUUCGAUUGCGUUGGCAAACAAACUGGAUAUUAUGCGGAUGAAGAUUUGCACUGCGAGGUAUUCCAUUAUUGUCAUGAUAAUGCCAAACAUUCGUGGAUCUGUCCAGAAGGAUUUACUUUCCAUCAGGUUCAUUUGAUUUGCAUGCCACCGAGCGGUGAUAUCAGUUGCAAGAAGAGUUCUCAAUAUCAUUUCGUCAACGAGUAUCUUUACAAACCAUUGAACUUGGCCGAAGCUGAAACGAAACCUAACGUGACCUUGAGAUACAGCGAGAGGUAUUAUCCAGCUGACAUAUAUACCGAUGAAAGAGAAGCAGGAGAUUAUCAGAUUACUCCAUCAUCGGCACCACCACCAGUUAGACGUCCUUUGCAGCAGGUUUUCGUCGGUGGUCAACAACCAUCAACAGCAUUGAACAGCAUUCCUUCCUCGGCACGUUCUCAAAUUCAACUUCCGCAAUUUCGUUUACCGGUGAACCAAGUUUUUCAUAGCCCGGAAGAAGUGAAUAUACCUCUUCAACAUAGACGACCACAGCCACAACAGCAUCAAGCGAUCAGAAGAUUCCCGCAAGUUCGACCUGCGGAAGAAUCCUACGAGUAAACUUU